AUGAUAUCUUUAUUAGUAUUUGCCAGCGUGUUGGCAUUAGCGUGGGCUGAGCCUCGUUUUAUAGAAUCUUCUAUAAAAGUAGAUUUGCAGCCGCCAGAAUCAGUCAGGAACUUGGUUGCCAGAAAUGUAUAUACAUCAUGGAUGACUAUGCCUAUUGACCAUUUUGACCCACAAAAUACGGAUACGUAUCAAAUGAGAUUCAUGUUUAAUGAGGAAUUCUUCGGAGGUCCAGGAUCUCCAAUUUUUAUAUUAGUGGGUGGGGAAUGGGACAUCGUCCCGGGAUGGCUGCAGGGUGGUAACAUGUAUCUCAUGGCGCAAGAAAAUAGAGGCUUUCAGAUAUAUACAGAACACAGAUACUAUGGAGAGAGUUUGCCUUACCGAAAUUUCACAACCGAAAACUUAAGAUUUCUAAACGUCGAUCAAGCUCUGGCUGACCUAGCCCAGUUUAUAAAGGAAAUUAAGAAGAUCGCAAGAUUUGCUGAUAGCAAGAUCAUAUUAUACGGAGGCUCGUAUGCAGCAAAUAUGGUGCUCUGGUUUAAGCAAAGAUACCCGCAUUUAGUUGUGGGAGGAGUCGCUUCCAGUGGUCCCAUAAAAGGAAAAGUUGAUUUUACUGAAUAUCUGGAAGUAGUUCACGAAGCUUUUCUGUCUGAGGGAGGUGAGCAAUGUAUAUCAACUAUAAGGCAAGGUAUCGCGGAGACUAUCGCGGCUCUUUCCUCUGAAGAAGGUCGCUUGUCCAUUCAACAAAUUUAUAGACUAUGCUCACCACUGCGGUACGACAGCGAGUACGACAUGGGCUACUUCUCGGGCCUCAUCAGUUGGACGUUCUCGGGGGCGGUGCAGCAGGCGCGCCCGGGCACGCUCACUGCCAUAUGCGAUAAUUUCGCUACCGACUUUUAUGGAGUGACGCCGAUGCAGAAGAUUGGAGGGUUCAUCGCUUGGCUUCAGAACUUAGGAAAUGACUGCUGGCCGAUGGAAUACGAGAGAUAUAUUCAAAAUUAUCACCGCAAUACCAAUUCUAGAGCAUGGUACUACCAGACGUGUACUGAGUACGGUUUCUACCAGACGGCGCCGCGGUCGGGCACUGUGUUCGACCAGCUCGUGUGGCUCAGUGUGCCCUUCUAUGUGGAUCUUUGCAAGCAGGCCUUUGAUCCUAAAUUCGACGAAGCAUUCGUCCGCGACGCAGUGGAUCGCGUGAACACCGUGUUCGGGGGGCUCCGGCCGGACGUCAACAACACCAUCAACAUCCACGGCACCGUGGACCCUUGGCACGCGCUCGGCGUGCACGACCGCGACCUCAAGCCCUCCUCGCCUACCAUCACUGUUCCUAGGGCGUCUCACUGCUUUGACAUGGGCGGGUGGCGCGUCACCGACACUAUUAGGAUGACGAAUGCACAGCAGUUUGCGAGACGCAUGAUUGCACAGUGGUUGUCGGAA